AAGUUUUUAAUAUUUUGAUUUAUGUUUAAUUAUUUAGUUUCACUUAUAUAUUUAGCUAUUUUUAUGUUCUCUGUUACUUAUUCACUGUAAAAUAUAAUAAUAAUGGCAUUAAACGGUUUUAAAGCUGGAACUAUAACUUUAGACGAGCCGCGAUCUAUUUAUUAUGCAGGGCAGGUGCUCACGGGCAAAAUUCAAUUCGAAUUGGAUGAAAUGUUAACAUUUACAGCCAUCAAAGUUGCAUACAUUGGCCAAGCUAUCGUGAAAUGGUCAGAAUAUCAAACUGAAAAAUAUUCUGGUGUUGAAAGAACUAGAGAGAUAGAAUAUGGUGGCCAAGAACUGUACUUCAACUUUGAACAAUGUCUUUGUGGUGGAUCUGUAACCACUCUACCACCUGGCCCUCAGUCCAUCAACUUCUCCUAUCUAAUACCAAGUAAUGUGCCGUCGUCCUUUCAAGGGGCUAAAGGCCAGGUUAGAUACUCUGUAAGGGCAUAUCUUGACUAUCCAGACACUACAAGGGACGAACUUGUUGCUGACUUUGAUGUGAUUGCUCCCUUGGACUUAAAUACUGUAGAUUGUAUUAAGACCCCAAUAGCAAUGGAGUUUGAGGAAGUAUCAAGUUGCAAUUGUUUUUGUGAAGAUGAAUUAAUAAAUAUUAAAUUUCAAGCACCGGUGUCUGGUUAUUGUCCUGGGCAGAUAAUGAAUAUCCAAAUAGAUUCACAGAAUGACACUGGUUCUGAAGUUACCAAGAUUUUGUUUCAAAUAAUAAAGAAGGAAAGAUACCACUCUCAACAGCCCAUGUCCACAUACAUACCGCCAGAAGAAGUUCUAUACACCAUGGCACAUGGCCCCAUCCUGGCCCAUACGAAACGUAGCUUCACUUGCCAGAUGCGAGUGCCCAAUAUUAUUGCUUAUAAUCUAGAAAACUGUCGGAUUAUUGAUGUCGCGUAUUUUUUGAAGGUAAAACUAAAAAUGUCUGGCUGCAUCGACGAUGUCGAAGAUGAAUGUGAGUUCUGCAUCGGUUUAGUGCCUUUACAAGAAACGGUCGAAGGAACAUACACACAUCCUAUGUCCUUUUUACUCCCGGAAGCUCCCGUUCCAACAAUACAAAAUACACAAACAAUUCCAAAUAACUCAUAUCCUUUACAAAAUGUUGCCAGUCUAAAUCAACAAAAUGCAUAUCCACAAAAUACAGUGUGUCCUGUACCUGUUCCUAAUGUUGCUAACCUAAAUAAUCAGCCUAAUUAUGUCAUCGGUUUUAAAGUACCGGGGUUGUCAGACGCAAAUGCAAGUACUUAUCCAAUUAAUGAUAAUCAAAAUAGAUAUUCUAACGAAUAUCCUAAACCAUCUGCCCCACCAAUGUAAGCUUAAGAAAUUUUUAUAUUUUUGUAUGUUUUACAAUUUUUUUUAAUUUUUUAUGAGUAUAUUCUCUCAUGAGUAAUAUACUCUUAUUUAGAGUGCCUUAAUAUAAAGAUGCUAAUUUUUUGAAAAUUUAUAUUUUAAUACUGAAUGAAUGCGUGUAUAUUUUAUAGGGAUCGCUUAUUUUUAUAAAGGGUAUACUCGAAUAUAAUUAAUUAUA